GCCGAGCGUGCGAGGGGCGGCCCGAGCGGCGCAGCGAGCGCCGGCAGCGGCCACGGCGGGUCCAUGGAGCACAACCACCUCCACCUCCACAACGGCUCGCUCCUGGCGCACCACCGCUAUGGCUGCGGCUUGGGGUACGCACCUGUCGUCUACUACAGCCUGCUGCUGUGCCUCGGGCUGCCGGCAAACAUCUUGACAGUCAUCAUCCUCUCUCAGCUUGUAGCUCGCAGGCAGAAGUCCUCCUAUAAUUACCUUCUAGCUCUAGCUGCUGCUGACAUCCUGGUUCUCUUCUUCAUCGUCUUUGUUGACUUCCUCAUGGAAGACUUCAUCUUAAACAAACAGAUGCCUCAGGUACUGGACAAAAUAAUUGAGGUGUUGGAAUUUUCUUCCAUCCACACGUCGAUUUGGAUCACGGUCCCGUUGACCAUAGACAGGUACAUCGCCGUGUGCCACCCCCUCAAGUACCACACGGUCUCCUACCCUGCCCGUACGCGCAAGGUCAUUGUCAGUGUCUACAUCACCUGCUUUCUGACCAGCAUCCCCUACUACUGGUGGCCCAACAUCUGGAUUGAAGACUACAUCAGCACGUCCAUGCACCACGUCCUCAUCUGGGUCCACUGCUUCACCGUGUACUUGGUGCCCUGCUCCAUCUUCUUCAUCCUCAAUUCCAUCAUCGUGUACAAGCUGCGGCGGAAGAGCAAUUUCCGCCUGCGCGGGUACUCCACAGGGAAAACAACAGCCAUUUUGUUUACUAUAACUUCUAUUUUUGCCAUUCUGUGGGCGCCAAGAAUAAUCAUGAUACUGUAUCACCUCUACGUGUCUCCUAUAAACAACAGCUGGGUGGUCCAUAUUGUGUCGGACAUCGCCAAUAUGCUGGCGCUGCUGAACACUGCAAUUAAUUUCUUCCUCUACUGUUUUAUUAGCAAAAGAUUUCGCACAAUGGCAGCUGCCACCUUGAAAGCCUUCUUUAAGUGUCAGAAGCAACCUGUGCAAUUCUAUACAAACCAUAACUUUUCCAUAACAAGCAGCCCUUGGAUUUCCCCAGCCAACUCUCACUGCAUCAAAAUGCUUGUUUACCAGUAUGAUAAGAAUGGAAAGCCUAUAAAAAUAUCACCAUGAAAAGGCCAAUAGUUGGAGUUUCCAGGUGCAAGGUCUUUUCAAGUGGUUACAUCUUCAGGAUGUAUUUUCUGAAAUGGCUGUUUUGAAGAGAGGUCAUUUGAUUUCAUUUCCCUGGGUGGCCAGGGGCAGAUCAGACUGUCGGGAGGAAACAGGAGCACUUGAUUUUAGGAGCAGAAGUGAGAAGGCAAACACCUCCAUCUCUUAUAUAGCAUUUUGAAUAUGCUUCAGAGUUCAAAUCUUAGUGUUCAGUCACACUCAAAUGUUUUGCAUCCCAACACCAGUGCAAUCCAAAGUCGUCAGAAGGGCGAAGCCAAGCAGUGUUUAAUUACAACCUUCUAAAACACAACAAAACCUUACUUGACCAUCAGUUUGCUAUCGAGAAAGUAAAUGGAUGCUUUUCUGUACCGUGGAAGGUGCCAUUUCUUGGAGUGUGCACUUGCCAAAAAUUAUGUGUUGAUUCUGGCAUGGAAUGCCAUCACACACAGUUGUGCUGUCAAGACCUCCUUGCAGGAGGGAGCCUGUGAGACACAAAUGGUGACAAGCCUGGUUUUGGCUCAUUUGAACAAGGCUCAAGGACCGAUCCAGUACCUGUUGCAGCCUUGGCAUGGAAAGCAAUCCUGCAAGCUGCCACUAUUUGCGUGUUUGAAGUUGAUAUUUAAGAAUGUGACUGAGACAGGGGAGCUCGAGGGAAGGAGGGAUGUUUCUAGAGCCAAGAACAAAAGCAGCAUCUUUCCCCAGCUAUUUCAGUUAUGGUGUCUAAGGACUUUCAAGGGUGAAACUAAGUCCUGUCUAAGGCAGAGCUCUCACCGAAGCUGCUCCUGUGAGCAGUGAUCAGAGCUUUCAAGUUUCUUCUUAAUCAAUGCAGAUUCUCAGCUAUCCCCCAUGUUCAGGCCUUUAGGGAUUAACAUAUAAAAACCUCAAUUUAAGAUUUUUGCCUCAUGGAUGAUGCCAUCCUAUUGAAGAUUUGCCAUUUAGUUGGUAAAAAAAACCAACAAAAAACCAAACAAAAACCAAACUAUGGAAGAAAUUCAUUAAAUACCCAACAGCAGUAAAAACAUUAAAGCCUUAGUUUAAGCUGAUCUAAGUAUUCCACUUAUUUAAAGGAGGUUAGCUUCUCUUCCUCCACACUCAAAAACCAGCAUCUCAUCAAUGCUGAGUGUAGAAAAUAAGAGAUUUACAGGAAGGUUGAAAAUCCAUUUCUUAUAAUUUCUUUCCCUUUCAGAUCUUAGCACGUGGUCUCUUGGAGCCACCUCUUUAUUCUACACUGGGCACUUUCUAGAGCCUCCCUGGUGUGAGGGCGGUGAAGGUGUGUGUGAGCACAAGCCCAGCGUGGUCAGUGCACACAGCAGCUCCUCGGGAGCUGCACAUCAGUGGCAGCCUGGUGCUAACGCUGUGUUUGUGCCUGUGCCCAUCUCCAGUGCAGCAGGGAGCUCGUGGUGCAUCAGGAACGAACUCCCUCUGAGGAGGGAUCCAGUCAGUCCCGCUGUGGUGGGAUCACAGGGCUGAAAACAUCUCUCUAAAACACAUGGAUGGCUCAGCUUUGGUGCAAAUCCCCUCAGAAAUGCCAAGUGAAGUCCUGCUGAGGACGAGAGCUUGGUUCCCUUCUGCCACAAAGGUCAUGUUUGCACAAUGCCUGGUACCCACGUCCUGCAAGAGCCAAACCCAGCAAACCUGAGCUCACCUCCCCCAGAAGGGAAGGGUGGCAGGAGGCAGAGGCCAUGAGAGCCCCCAGGCAGAGGCCAUGAGAACCAGGCCCUCAGAGAGAGGCCAUGACAGCCAGGCCCUCAGAGAGAGGCCAUGACAGCCAGGCCCUCAGGCAGAGCCAUGCAGGGCAGUUCUCCAGAGACACACACGCUCACUCAGGAGAUGGCAGGGGAUGCUCAGGAGCUCUCCCUGCCCAGGGCCCUCCCAGGGGCAGAACUGCUCAGCAAUUCUCUGCGAGGUGCUGAGGCUCCCCAGGGACCACACAGACCCAAGCAAGGAGAGGGGCAUCUCCUGGGAAAUGGGGGCUGAGAGCAAAAGCUGACCCUUUCCACCCUCACCCACCAAAGGGAUGGGAUCCAUUUAAAUGUCCUCAAAGAGAAAUGAGGAGCUUCUCAGUCUGUUGGUUUUUCAUCCUCGUGAUCUCAAAGCUUCACCCUUGCAAUAAUAAAGUGUAAAAGGGAUGCUCAGCCUUGCUUUAUUUGUCAUGACAAGGUUAAAAUUAUUGUUCCCUUGAUAGUGUUUUACAGAAAAUCAGUUUUGUGGCCAUCGUCCCUGCCCUUCUCUCAGAAACCUCCCUCUAGUCUUUGUCAGUUGAUAGUAACCAAAGUUACCUUAUGGAAAAGGUAGUGUAUGUUUCAUUCCGGAAAAACACUGUAUUUAUAACUUAUUUUUAUUCUACAUUUGUUAUGAGGAAUGCUUGUCCGAGUUAAAUGUGAAUGAGUCUGAAGUGCAAUAUCUACAUAGAUAAGUGGUUCAUUUUUGAGAAUGUACCUAUUGAAAAAAUACCUAUUUAUACAAGAAGUUCACUAUUCUACUUAAUAUAAUAGCAACCUUAAAGAAAAUAGUGAAUGCUUAGGGCUUUUAUUUAUUAAAAAAUUCAAUUAAGUGCAUGGCAUAUGCUGCCAUUCACAUGCUGUGACUUAUUAAUUUUUGUAACAUAAUGUUUAUCCUCAAACUCUCAGUGUCAUCUGAUUUUUUCUGUCCUGAUAAUGUAUUUUUGUAAAUUAUCAUAUUUAAAAACAAAAAUCUUUUCUUUCCCUAUGAAAAAUAAUGCAUUAAAUUCUUGUAACUUAUUUGGAAAACCUCACAAUUGUUUUCCAUAUCAUUUUAGAAAUGACAAGGUGCAAUUUUUGUGUACAGUAGAUUGAUCAUUUCACUUCUGAAUGUUUGGGGCUUUAAAAGCUUGCUUCCAAAGCCCUUUGAAGUCAAAGGGAAGGUUGCUAGUGGGUUUUGUGGUUGGUUUUUCCAAUCCCCAUCAUUUUAGGAGGGCUUUGGAUCAAGCCGUGUCUUGUUAGCAGACAUUCAAAGCCUUCUUAGAGUCUAGUUUGGAUAAUAAAGCCUUGACUUUUAGUCUGCCAUAUGGGAGCUGCUGUUGAUAAUACUUGCCUUAUUUUUGGUUGUGUGAAGCAUCUUGCAAUGACUGUUGCUAACUAGCCGUUGUCUUGCUGUAUCAUUUGUACCUCCUAAUUUGCCAAUAGCAAAAACCAAGCACAUAUAGUGUCAUUAUUUAGGGAAAAAGUAUCCUGGAGACAAAACCAUCUUUGUUACAGAGAUGGUAUUUUGUACUCUAAUUUUUAUUUCAAAUAUCUACAAUUAGAAAAAAUAAGCUGUGAAUGGACCGUUUUACAAUUACUUAUAGGUAUAUGUUCUUGAAGACCACAGCUAGGAACAAAAUACUUUUUAGAUGAGUUGCUGGUAUAUAAAAUUAUGGGACCUAUCACCUAUUUAAAUUGUGAAUAUUGAUAUUUUCAUAAG